AAGUAUAUUAAUACUUUAGAACAAGAUUUUAUAAUCUUAUAAAAUACUUAGGUAUAUGCAUUACAGUAUCUAUAUAUGAUCUACAUGUACCGCAAUUAAAUAUGGCAGCUUCCAUAGGUAGAGUUUACACUCAAUUGAGGUAAAUGUUACGCACUUUAACUCUGUGUUAUAUACGUUGUCAUGUCAUAUAUUAACAAUUAUAUUAUACGUUUGCCAAGACAAUUUCUGGUGGAUGCGAUAUGGAGAGAACAAAGUAUAAAUAGCAUUUUGCAUACAUCCUGUGCAUCAAAAGUGAAUUACCAAUAUUAUCACACUUCGUCUAUCCUAUUAAAGAAAAGAAAAUUGAAAAUUGAAAAGAAUGUUAAACAAUUAAUGGUAGAACAAUGUUUAAAAGAUCCUAGUGCAAUAUAUAAUUUUAAACCAGCUGUAGAACCAGUUGUCCCAACAAUAGAAGUAUGGAAUGAAAUAACAAUUACUGAAUUAGCAGAACGCUUAAACAAGACUACUGAUGAUGUUUUAGACUUUCUUUUAAUUAAACAUAAAGACAAGUGUUUUGUAGAAACUAGUGUCUUAUCAAGUAGUUUAGCAGCUGAAGUAGUUAAAGGAUGUGGUGCCAAAGUAAAAAUUAUAUCAGCAAAACAUGGAAAAAAAGAACUAACUUAUGAAGAUCUUAUUCAACGGCCUCCACCCCAUAAGUUUCAGUUAGUUAAAAGACAUCCUGUUGUGACCAUUAUGGGCCAUGUAGAUCAUGGUAAAACUACUUUGCUUGAUGCAUUGCGAAAUACAUCUGUUGUAAAAUCAGAGUUUGGCGGAAUUACACAACAUAUAGGUGCUUUUAAUGUGACUUUGAAAUCUGGGGAACGAAUUACAUUUUUGGAUACUCCUGGUCAUGCUGCUUUCAGUGCUAUGCGAUAUAGGGGAGCACAUAUUACAGAUAUUGUAGUGUUAGUAGUAGCAGCUGAUGAUGGUGUUAAGGAUCAAACCAUACAAAGUAUAGAAAUGGCAAAGAAAGCCAAUGUUCCUAUUAUUGUAGCUAUCAAUAAAAUUGAUAAACCUAAUACUAAUAUUAGACAAACACAACAUGAACUUGCACAACAUGGUAUAAUAGUUGAAGAACUUGGUGGUGAUGUUCAGUGUAUUCACAUAUCUGCUUUAAAAGGAACUAAUCUUCAAGUGUUAACAGAAGCUAUAGUUUUACAAGCUGAAAUAAUGAACCUAACAGGAGAUCCAGGAGGAUUAGUGGAAGGUGUUGUUAUUGAAUGUAAGAAUGAUCUUGGUCGCGGAAAAUUAGUUACAGCUUUAAUUCGGCGUGGUACUUUGAAAAAGAGAUGUCUAUUAGUGUCAGGAUUAGCAUGGGCAAAAGUAAGAGGUAUGUUUAAUGACUCUGGACAACCAGUUAUAGAAGCCAAAUUAUCAGAGGCAGUAGAAAUUAUUGGAUGGAAAACGUUACCUAAUGUUGGAGAUGACAUACUAGAAAUGCCAGAUGACAAGACACUACAAGCUGUUCUGAAGUAUAGAGAAGCUGAGUAUAAUAAAACUUUAGCUAUGGAACAUAAAGUAAUGGCUGAUAAGAAAGAAGAGGAACAUCAGAAGGAAUAUAAAAAGUUUUUAAGGAUAAAAUACCAAUUUGGAAGGAGAGUGUUUAGACAAUUGCAAGUAGCGCUAAAUGAGAACAAUGUACAAAACAAACAGGAAAAAGACACAGAUGAUAUCGCUGCCUUUAAUGUCAUUAUUAAAGGCGAUGUAUCAGGGAGUGUUGAAGCAAUAUUGGAUAUAUUUGACACUUAUAAAAGCAAUGACGCGUGUCGUUUAAAUGUAAUUCAUUAUGGUGUCGGACCUGUCGUAGACACAGACCUACAAUUAGCAGAAACAUUUAAUGCAAUUAUUUAUGGUUUUAAUGUAAAUAUAACGAAAAGGUUAGAAGAAGAAGCUGUAAAGAAAGGUGUAUCUAUACGAUUUUAUAACGUUGUGUACAAACUGUUUGAUAACAUUAAAGAAACAAUCGCCAGUAAAAUGCCUGAGGUCGAGAUUGAAGAUAUUAUAGGUGAAGCAAAAGUAAUAGAAAAUUUUAAAAUAAAGGAAAAAAAGAAAAAGUUUUCGUACGUUGCGGGUUGUCGUUGUAUUAAAGGCGUUCUUUUAAACUCUGCGAUGUACAAAGUAAUAAGAGGAGAUGACGUUAUUUUUAGAGGAAAAUUAGUAUCAAUGAAGCAUUUAAAGGACGAAGUAUCCUCGGUAGACAUUAAUGUCGAAUGUGGCUUGAAAUUCGAAGAUCCAACGAUAGCAUUCCUACCUGGAGAUACCGUUAUAUGUUAUAACCCAGUGCAACAGCGUCAACAAGUUAACUGGGAUCCUGGAUUUUGAUGCUACGUACACUGCCGGCUAGAAGUAUAGAAUUAUCUAACUUUUUAAAUUAACUAUAAUAUAAAUUACAUAAGAUAUGAUACAAAUUUAUAUAUUCACAAAAUAAAAAAAAACAAAAUAUCUUGUCUGUGGGUAAUUAAGUUAUUUCCACAAAAUGCAUUUUUACAAAGUGUAAGUACAAAUUUCUUUAUUAUUACUUCUGUGAUGCGCCACUGUUUUUACAUUGUAUCGACGGACAUUUUUUUUAUUUUAAAUGAUUACAUUCAAAUCUUCGUAUCGCUAUUAAUUUUUGAUUGCACUGUUUUAAAAU